CAACUGUACAGCGACCAUGAACGUCGAGAUACUUUGGUGAGGGAAGAGGCGGCGGUGGAUCUCGUGCUUCACGUGGCGUCGCAUCAACUCGAGGAAGGAAACGCCAGCGUUUAUAGUUCUUCACAAUCGACAACAACCGAGCAUGAGGAACGCGUAGCAUUAGCAAUUGAGUCUGCACGUGACGAGUCGGAGCUGAUGUCGACUCAACACUUCGGUUUAUGUAACGAUGAUCGUAAACAAUGCAGUGGAGACGUUCACAAUCCGUAUCACUCUCGAAUCAGACACCACCACGCGAAGCAAAGAGGAGAUGAAGGCAGUGGUCAGAGCUUCUCGUCGUCUUAGGAGCGCUGCAAGGCAGCAUGGAGUUGCAAAACUCGAUAUGGGAGCUCCCGGUUCAUUUUUGGUCGCCAGGCAAAGCUUAGGGCCUUCUCCUUUCGUGUCAUUCUCCACGAAGCCACGGGCCUCACCACCUCCGCUUCCGGAACCUCUAGUCAUCGACGUGGACGACAAGUGCAAGAUCGAGUACAUCGACGUCAAACCAGAAGAUCUGAGCGCUGCGGCGCCGACGCUGGUGCUGAUCCACGGCGCUCCAGGAACGUACAGAGACUUCCGUCACCUCAUUCCAUUGCUGAAAGACCGUGGCGUUCGAGUGGUUGGCGUCAACUUGCCUGGUUUUGCAGGCUCGACGAUUCUAGACACGACAAACUACUACGAUCAUAUCAGUGCAUUCCCGUCCGUACAGCUCACAUACAAGGCCAUGCAGGGCGUGCUCAAAGCCUCAGACAACGUGUUCGUGCUGGGCCAUUCAUUCGGAGGCCACGCAGCCGUUCACUUUACAGGAAUCAAUGCGGAUGAACAGAGAAUUAACAUCAAAGGACUGGUACUCCUCGCUGGAGCGGGACAUCGUCCACAUCAAGCACUGAGCCCCCGUUUAAACGAUUUCUUGUGGAAAAUGCUACGGUCGGGUUUACCCAUGAUCGAAAGUACAUCCAAGUGGCUCGUCCGACAGCUCUACAUCAAGUCGUUCAAGUUCCCGGACAGCAAACUACCGGACUACUUCACGGCUGGCAUUGUACGGUGUGCCACGGCCGACUUCCCGUUGUUUGCCAGGCAUUUAGAGAAGAAUCGAGCACUGCCGAGUUUUCUGGCGUGGGCUAAAGAUGACGCGCUGAUUGAGGAAGAGAUUUUUCUGGAUGUAAGUGCAGUGUGCCAUCCAGGUCCUCGACUGGCGUUCAAGAAGGGAGGACACAAUGUCCAGAAGACCAAAGCUGCUUUUCUCGCUGAUGAGCUCACUGACUGGAUGGACAACGUCGUGCAAGGCAAAGAACAGAGCGAAGUCUACUCCACAAACGUGGAGAUUCAUCCCUAAGUAUCGAGUUCGAUGUAGAAAUCCAUGAACCAUUGGACAGUCCCGAUGCACUGCAACUUGAUCAUAUCAAGCCAAUUUCAUCCUCAACAUGGAGAAUGUAGCCAUCCCGCAUUUCUGCCCAAUCUCC